GCUCCGUCAUCGUGCAGCGCCGGAAAGGGCCGAGCAGAAAAAAGAAGGAGGCGUUUCCACACAUCAGCUGCAAAUUUAUGCAGAACAGUAAAAUCAGUGCUGCUGCUGCCGCUUCGAGCGUCCUGCACAGAGAAGAAGAAGAAGACGGGCGAAAAGAGCAGCAGCACCGGGCACAACGCAGACAAGAAGCCCGGCGGAUCGUUGCAUCGCUCGGUGUCGCUCUGCAGCGGGCAGCCGGUGCAGGAGGAGCCGGACGAACCCGGAGCGGUGACGCAGCCAUGGAGACAGACGGAGAGCAGAACCAGCAGGGGGCCUCGACCAAUGGAAGCGCUCCGUCUGGGACCAGCUCCCGCCCCUCUCCCAUGAAUUCCAUGUCUCUGUAUGAAAGGCAGGCGGUCCAGGCCCUGCAGGCGUUACAGAGACAGCCCAAUGCCGCUCAGUACUUCCAGCAGCUGAUGCUGCAGCAGCAGAUCAACAACGCAGCACAGCUGCAGAACCUGGCAGCUGUGCAACAGGUAAAGGCCACUCUGGCUGCCAGUCGUCAGUCAAGCCCCUCCAGCAGUAGCUCUUCUCAGACUACCAGCACAACCGCAGUCAAUGUAACAUCUGGAUCAGGGUCUACAACCAGCAGCCGUCCAAUGGGUGCCUCAGCAACAUCCACAAUCAGCCAAUCAGUGCUGCUUAGUGGGACAGCCGGAGGGCAGGGCCAGAUGUACCUGAGAGUGAACCGCUCCCUUAGGACGCCUAUCCCCUCCCAGCUCAUUUUCAUGCCCGGCAGCACUGCAACUACUGCUGUGGCAACUGUUGCCCAGCAGCCACAGGCUCAGCAACAGCAGCAGGAAGUGCCUCCGACUUCCUCAUCCAGCAGCCAAUCUGAUAACGACCAGGUACAGAAUCUAGCCAUGCGAGGUCUGUCGGGUCCUAAAGGUGUGGGUGUUAAGACUGAAGCCCCAGAGAGAAGUGACUCGGCUGCCUACUCGCUGGUCCAGCCCUCUCACCAGUCUACCACUCAGUCCCCCACCAAACCAAGCCAGCCUCAGCCCCAGCCAUCCCACAUCAAAAUCCCUACCUACCCCCAGCCUACUAAUCUCAAAGCUCACCCCGUCUCUUCUUCCGGUGCCUCGUCGUCCUCGUCGUCUUCCAUCCCUCUCUCCCAGCUCUUACUCCACGGUACUCGAACCCUCACCACAGGAACCACAGCUCCCACAGCAGCACAUACUCUAGUCUUGACAUCCAACGCCACAUCUCAGCCCCACGGGUACCCGGUGGGCACGGCAACCAUCAAACCAGCGGUCAACGCUCAGACUCUGGUGGUGCAGCCUCUACAGAAAACCUCACUCGGUGCUGAGAAAUCAGGCCACGGAAACGGACCCAUCCCCAUCCAACCUAAAACUUUACAGGGGCUCCGCCUGCCCCUCCAGCUUCCUUCAAGGAACCCCCCUCCCAUCCUGCCUGCUCCGCCGCCUGCCAGCAGCUCCAGCCAGCCUCCCCACACGCCUCACAUCCCAGUGCAGAUAGUGGGAGCCAGGCAGAGCACACUUGGAAAUGCCCAGGCUCUCGCUCUGGCCCGUGGCAGCUGCAGCCAGGAUGGUGCCGCCGUCCUCAGCAGCUCCUCUAGUCUGCUCACCAUGGUGGCGUCCAUCGCUUCCAGGGAGGGUGGAGUCGUCGGCCGAGGGGUGGGGCUGAAGACGCUUCAGUCACCCCAGGAGGCUCCCCCCUUGGCUCAGGUGUCUCAGGUGCAUCCACAAGCCAAUCAGAGCUCUGGACAGAGUCAGAACAGACAGCUGGCUUCAAGCCCUGCCUCUUGCUGGCCCUCCACCAUUUCAUCUCCUCCCCCCUCGCUGUCUCGCUCCUCCCUCUCUCUCCACCUGGUGACCGAAGAGCAGAGAGCAGCAUCAGCUGGUGUAACCACCAAUGGAGACUCAUCAGGAGGUCAGACGCCACAGAGUAAACAGACGACUGGCUCUCUGAAAAGAAAAUCAGACUCGAAUUCAGCCAAUGACGAACAUGGCCCCUCCCCUCCACGGCUCCAGCCAGUCAGAGAUCAUGCCUCGGCCAUCCCAGCCAAUCCCAUCGAUGCAGGCUCUGCUGCUCCUCCUCCUCCUCCACCUCCUCCUCCUGCAUCCUCUCCUUCUCCUCCUGCAUCCUCUCCUUCUCCAGUGCUGCUGGUGUCCCGUGGGACUUGUGGUCAGGGUGAGAGAGCUCCUCCACCUCAAGCUGUGGUUAAACCGCAGGUUCUUACACACCUCAUAGAGGGCUUUGUGAUCCAGGAGGGGGCGGAGCCUUUCCCUGUCUGCGGUCCAGUCAAGGACUCGGCUGGUGAAGAUUUGACUAACGACAGUCCAGACACUAACCCGUCGGAGACUGUUACCACAGCAACAGUGCUGAAGUGUGAAUACUGUAAAAACUUUGCUCCUGCCAGCCAGUUCCGAGGCACCAAAAGGUUCUGCUCCAUGUCUUGUGCCAAGAGUAUGUAUUGGUUCCCCAGGUACAACGUCAGCUUCAGGCAGCACUUCGGCGUGCGGCAGGGUCACGGCCAGCGUCAAGCUCAAGAUCACUCUUCGGAUCGGGAUCAGAGCCGCGGACACCUCUCCAACUCGGACGACGAGGGAGGAAUCGCCAGGAGGAGGGUUCCCCGCAGGACCAGCUCAGAAAUAGCCAGUGCCAAGAUAGCAGGGAGGCCCAUACCUGCCAAGUGCCGGUCCGAGUCGAGCCAUUCAGAUGAGGAGUCCAGCGUAGAGGAGGAUGAAGAUGACCCCAUGUCUCUCUCGCCGGCCUCCUCAGCGUCCUGCCACCAGCCGCCUCCUCCGCUCCCAGCAGAGAGCUCACCACCGCCCACCUGCCUGCCUGCUAGCCCCUCCCAGUGGAGCGUGGAGGAAGUGUCACAGUUUAUUUCCUCACUGCAAGGGUGCGAGGAUCUCGCCUCCCAGUUCCUGUCGCAGGAAAUUGAUGGACAGGCGCUGCUGCUGCUGAAGGAGGAGCAUCUCAUGUCCACCAUGAACAUCAAGCUUGGCCCUGCCCUCAAGAUCUGCGCUCACAUCAACAGCCUAAGAGACUGACCGGUGUUUUUACCACAAAUCCGCAAAGUUUAAAAGUGAAGCCCCCCCGGGCAUCCACCACCAGCCCGCGGGUCAGAUAUGGAGCUCGAGAGUCCUGCAGGUGAAUGUUUGAAGUACAGUUCAUUUCCCAAACACAGCAAAGACUCUGGGACUGCAGAAGUGGAAUCUCAUCCUGUUUCACAUCAGAUUCUCGCACAAGUUGUAAAAAUCCUUCAAAUGUGCGAUUUUAUUUCGAUGAAGGUACACGUUCCACCAAAUUCUGCUCAAAAUCAAUGUAAAUGAAGGUUUUGAAUGUAUUUUAAUUGCAAACGAGACUCGUUGAACCUGAAGUACUUGCUCGUUAUUUUUUCUGACCGUAGACCGAGGCUGUGAUUUAUUUUCGUUUCGUUAAACUUCCUUUAAAAGACUGAAGAUACACACAGAAGAAAACAGCUGUGCUUUGUUUUGCACAGGAAUUUGGAAGGAAGACCUUUGGAAGCACUUCUAUAGCACUUCCUUUGUAAAGUGAAGUCACAAAUCUUUUUCUUAUGUAGUUCAGCAUUCCUUCAAAGACAUGAAUUUCAUUGCGUACUUCCAGCAUUCUAAUUAUUUGAGAAGAGUAUACAAUGGCACUUUUAUUUUGAAGGCAGCCUAUUCUUUGCGCUACAGGGUACUGUGAGAGUACAGGGUACUGGGUGCAGAAACACCAGAGUCCAAAUGAAACCCUAAUCCCUCAAGGUUCAAAGAGCAUUUCAUACUUCAAGUAAAAAUACGGACGUUGCA